ACCUCGUCAUCCACACCAUAAAUCUUGGCGUGCCACGUUCCCCAACCUUCGUUGAAUCUCGGGGGCACAAGUCGAGCGAGAAUUCCUCUCAAGCUCGGACUCCUGAAGAACGAUACAUGAACUCUAUCUGGAAAUUGCUCCACGAGAGGUAAGAGUAAUUUCGCCGUCGACUGAGGCUCAGGACGCGUUGAACGGUUCAGGUCGAAGAGCAUCUGCACUUCCAGGUGGGGAUUUCUUUGAAGGGCUUGAGCGAGAGCCAUCACCUUGAUGGCCGAUGUUGUUGAGCAAUUCAGAAGGGGAAGGCACAAGUUGGACGACGAACGAUGUCAAACUCCGUUGAUCCAAGGUACAAUGACGAGAUGAAUAUUCUCGAUUUUGCGCGGUUUAUCAUGUCCUAAAAAAGUUGAGAAGCGUUCAAGUCUCUGAAAUUCUUCUCCUCACAAUGAGCAAAGAGUGGAAUUCAAUUGGCUUGGCCAAAAUUCGUAUGUUGUUUGGAUCGACGCCGAAUUUCGGGAGUUCGAGUUUCUGGACAUAUCCACGUAUUGUCGGGUGUAUAUGAGAAUAUGAUGAUGAUGGGCGUGUGUAUAUCCGGCCCUUGCCACGAAAAACGCGUCCGCAGGGCCGCAAUGAACAACGCAGCAUUGACGUCAAAGGAAGACAGAGUCACAGGUGGUGACAUCAGGUCAGCCUGAUUUCGUGAUCUUCGAGUCUCCAGCCUUCACCUUGCACCCUGGCUCGCGUUGCUAUUCAUGUUGGCGACCUUGCUUUUCAUUAAUCCAGCUCUAAGCCAACCUUACCGGAAGCGGAAAUUUCAUCUCCACAUCUUCUAGACAACGCAAUAUAACCUUCCACACCCUCUAUGAAGCUCUCAUUCAAUUCGGCACACUAGCCCGCACCCUCGCAUCAAUGGGCCGUGCGUAGCCAGUGGGACACGCAAUCACCGCUCAGGGAUAAAGCCGGAAGACGGCAGCGAAGCAGAUCGCAUUUGGUGAAUCACAGGUCUUAAAUGGUACUGACCAAGCUAUCGAGUGAUGACUUCGUGAGAAGGAGGGUACACCCACCACGCGCAUCUACCUGGCACAUGAGCUCUCCGGUUCCACUCAUGGGUGACUGCAGCGACUCCGACGACCAGCUGGAUGAAUUUAUCCAUGCGUAUUCGUAUAGGGACGACGCGAUCCUUGAGUGCCCCGACGAGGACGAAGUCUCUGACUCUGCUGAGGACUCUGGCUCGGAUUCGGAGCCACCAUUGUCAGAAGAGGUGGAGGAUAUCUACGACCUCUAUAACACCAGCACCCGGCCCUCACCUCUUCCUCCUCCGAGCCCUCUACUCGAAGACGAUGCCGGCCUCGACUCAGCUUCGACAGGCAUCAACCCUAUGCUCGAUUGCUUAGUACCACAGGACUCCGACCAAGUGCUGUCCCCGAAACACACCCGCCGCGCCGGCCUUGUUGGUCCCCUCGCAAUGACAACGCUCAGAGCAGGAGAAACCGACUCCAUGGCCUGGAGGGUACCCAUCUUGGAUGACUCUUCAGAGAGCGGUGCGGAGUCUGACGGCAGCGAGGACGAUGGCGAGGACGAGCGUCGCAGAGAAUAGCGCGCGCGUGGAGCUGAGAAGGGUCAUGCCAGGCGUCAUCUGUUCUGCGACCCCGCGUUCUCGCUGUUCGUUAUCGGAGAUAAUCGAUUAAAUCCCUGUUUUUCCAUGUGACAUGGGGCACAUACAUGAUGCAACGUGUGUCAUUCUGGGGAAUAUUCGCGUCUUUGAAUAGUCUAUCUUUUUUCACUGUGAAUCGGUAAGAAGGACCGGCACAAAUAGCGGAUUCGGAAAUUACACCCAGGUUCCGGCCCGCAAGAUGAAUGAGGGCUCAAUUCUCAAUUGCAGCGCGGCCCGAGGGCAACAUCUUUCAAAUUUGAAGCCCCGAU